AUGGUUGCUGAGAAUCGUUGCAGAAUUUAACAUUGUAAAUCUCUGAUUUUUCCUUUUAAAAUUUUUGAAUAGAUAACCACAUAGCAAAAUUAAAAGGUAGUUUUUGAAUGAUGUGAAUUUUCUUUGCUCAUUUAAACAAUCAAGGAAAUUCUAAAGAUAUGUUGUCGAAAGAGGUUGCACCAAAAUGCAUAUUUGGAGCUAUGACAUUCGUUGCUCGCUGUCACAGCGGUGAUUCUUGUGGUAGCAAUGGACUUCCUUUAACCCCAAACUCAAUCUCAAUCCUUGGCCGAGCUCAGUUCCUAAAAACACUGGAUCAUCCUCACCUCGUGAAGUUGUUGGGUGUAACUAGAGGAAAACAUGAGAGGACUAUCGUUGUGUCCGAAUAUUUUCAUCAAACUCUUUCUGACCAAGGCAAACUAUCCUUGGAGGAUAUUGUGAAGUUUAUGCGACAGAUUCUCUCCGCCCUUCAGUACUUGCAUGAAAAAAGUAUUGUCACACGGUGCUUAGCACCAGAUAAUAUUUUGAUCACUGACGAUGGAGAUAUCAAGUUGUUCAAUUUUGGAUUAUAUUACAUGACUCAUGGAGGAAAAAGUGUUUCUUUUCCCAUAGGGUCUCCAAAAUACAUGGCACCAGAGGUUUUCCUGCACGCACGGAGCGCCGAGUAUACAUCGGGUGUAAAAGUAGACAUAUGGUCUCUUGGAAUAAUUGCUGCAGAGCUGCUUCUAUCAAAAUCACUCUGGGAUGGAGUUCAACUUACUCAGAUUUUGCGUAAAGUAUUAUCGCUAGUCAAUUGCAAUGCAAUUUUUGCCCGGCUAGCUCGAGAGUGCAAUAAAUUUGAUGUCUAUGAGAAUAUACCACCAGAAAUUGUUGAUUUUGUCAAUCAAUGCUUAAAAAUAAGUGUGCAUGAACGUCCAAUGGCAAGUCAAUUACUUGAACACCCAGUAUUCAAAAUCUAUCCAAAGAAAGAAUCAAUAAUAGAGAAGGUCCAUUGUUUGAAUAUGGUGCAAGAAAGGAAACAUCCCCUAGACGAGAGAGACCUGAAUGAGAUCUACUACUUGUGGCAACUGUCAGGCGGGGAUGUAGAGGGGGAAUUGAAGAGAAGAGGUCUGAUCAAGAACAAGCCACCAAUUCUAUGUUUACCGCAAAUAGUUCUGUUGGAGGGCCAAAUUUUAGGAGGCGAGCAGGAUCAGUCGUCGAUGUUGGAUCUGAGGGUGGCGGCCCUGUCAUUAAACACAUUGGUGCAGCGAUUGGAACCUUUGCCCCUUACUGUUUAUUAUCCAUUAAUUGAGUCAUCACUACAAUUGACGUAUGCCAGCCACGUUGAGUCUGAUGCUGCUCCUUUGCCUUUAAUUAUCCGAGAGAAAGACAUAGAAUACCAGUUUCUUAGAAUUAUGCUCAUGAAAAGAUUGAUAGAUGCCUACCCACUCAAGAAAUCAGAACUAAUCAAAGAGGCUUGCAAGGACAUUCCUCCCUUGUAUCGAGGAGUUAUCUGGGCUAUUAUUCUUAAUGUAAUCGGUGAUGUUGAGCCCGUUUACACUGAAAUCGAUAAAGAAACCGUUACGCCCACUGAUAGACAGAUUGAGGUCGAUAUACCACGGUGCCACCAGUACAAUGAGCUGCUGUCAUCAAAAGAAGGUCAUCUGAAAUUAAAGAGAGUUCUAAAAGCAUGGGUUAUUAGCCAUCCAGAAUACGUCUAUUGGCAAGGCCUUGACUCAUUGGCAGCCCCAUUUGUAUACUUGAACUUUAGCAAUGAGUCUGUGGCUCAUGCAUGCCUCUCAGCCUUUAUUCUGAAGUAUCUUUACAAUUUGUUUUUAAAAGAUAACUCAGAAAUCAUUCGAGAAUAUUUGGCAAAAUUCUCGCAUCUCAUAUCCUUCCAAGACCCAGUUCUCGCAAACCACCUUGAUGAGAUCAAAUUCAUUCCAGAAUUAUUUGCCAUUCCUUGGUUUUUGACUAUGUUCUCCCAUGUGUUUCCUCUCCACAAAAUACUCCACUUAUGGGACAAGCUGUUACUAGGAGAUGCAUCGUUUCCACUUUUUAUUGGUCUGGCUAUUCUCCAACAACUAAGAGACACACUCCUCAGUUCAGGGUUUAAUGAAUGCAUUUUGCUGUUUUCGGAUUUGCCAGAAAUUGACAUGGAGCGGUGUGUUGCAGACUCAAUGGAACCUUAUUGCACCACUCCCAAGAGCAUCACAUUUAGGCAACAUGAAUAUACUCAUCAACAAAGCAUUAAACAGCGUAAAAAUACUUCGCCUCUGGAAAUGUCUGGGCUGUCAUAUACUGAAUUGCAAGCAGAAUUUUGUCCAAGGAUAAGUGCAGCAGAUCUUCUGGAUCUCAUGCAUCACAGUCCUCAGCGAGUAUUGACGGUGGAUAUCAGACCUCAAUAUGAGUUUGUGGAGGAAGCAGCUCCGGGAAGUAUUAACAUUCCUUUUGGAACCAUCGACUUUGGAGGUGCAGAUUCAGACUCAUCACCAUUACCUCCAAGCCCAGAACUCAGCAUAUUAUACAACAAUAAAGGGAAAGUAGUAAUUAUCAUUGGUGAGGAAGCAGCCAGUGCAGCCAAAGUUCUCUUUGCCAACAGGUGGGCCGAUUACUAGUCAAGCUCAACUUUCCUAAAGUAUGCAGUCUUCAUGGAGGCAUAAGUGUCCUUAGGCUCUGUCACAUACUUGUUCCUUCCAUAACUUAAACAAUUUUGAUUGCAAUGAGUUCAAAUGUAUUGCUGUAAGUAUUCAACAAUGCAUAUUUCCAUUGGUAUUUGAAAACAGAGAUUUUGAAUCUAGACUUGCGUUUAAAAGAUUUAGAUUUCAAUUCUUGGCGUCAUUGCCACUAUUUUGAGCGUUCCAUCCACGUUAGAGUGUCGUUUAAUCCUUUAACGGAAAUGCAAAAUUUAAUGUAACCAUAUUCCCAGUAGCCAUUUCCGACCAAAAUGUUGCAACAAACUUGAAACUUUGUUUAAACCUAGUUCCAACUAAGUUUCAACUUUCUUACCACCUAGUUGCAACAAGUUGCAACUUUCAAACAACAUAGUGAAUACAUUGAUCAAAAAAGUUUCAAUAAGUUGGUACUUUCAGACAGAAAAUUUGGAGCAUCGUGGAACUUAGUUGCAAAAAGUUGGAACUGUUUGGGGAAACUUUUACCCCUUCCUUCCCUCCUCUUUUUCAGGAGCCUGAUGAACCUGGGAGGGAAAAUCAUGAGAAAUCCCUCUUAUCUUUGUACUUAAUCGCCUGAAACUUGAGAUGAAAAUAUUUUGAGGGCUCUAUGCUUAAGGAAAAGUUCCCCUGAACACUACUCAAUAAAUUGACAGUAAAAUUUUGACAAUUGGUGACAUUUGCUGUAAAAGGGAGGAAUAGAAUGAAAUUACACAAAAAUAUAUGCUUUAUAACUUCCUUCAAAGGACCUUCUCCACCGACAUUUUGCAGUCAUAUCAAAAAAUAUUCACCUCACUAGACAUUUAAUGAGAUGAUCCUACCUAAAUAACCAUAACAAACUGCUUCAACUUAUCAUCUCAAGAUUCUGGAAUGUAAUAGAAUGAAAAUACACUUAUUUCAAGAACA